CCCCUAUCUCGUGGCGACGCUGGACACCGCGCCGCCGCCCUACGCCGUGGCGACUACUGGACGUCGCCGGCGCCCUACGCCAGGUCUUCGCCAUUCCAUUCUCUGGAGACAAGCACCCAACAGAUACCGAUCAGGCAUUCAAGAAGUAAAUUCUUCUUCUAUUGUGCUGAAUAUAUCUGAUUCUACAUGGCUAUGGUGCCAAGUGAUUCAUCACAUCAUGGAGCUGUGGACAAUAGCCCUAAUGGAUUCACCCAGGGUCGGCGUGAGGAAGCUAGGAAACUUGGGCCAUCAUGGUAUUUCAGUAGAAAGGAAAUAGAAGAACAUUCUCCAUCCAGGAGGGAUGACAUUGAUUUGAAGAAAGAGUGUAGCCUUCGAAAGUCGUAUUGCAGUUUUCUACAAGAUUUGGGCAUGAAGCUUAAAGUGCCCCAAGUGACGAUUGCUACAGCUACGGUAUUCUGUCACCGUUUUUUCCUUCGUCAAUCCCAUGCAAAGAAUGAUAGACGAAUAAUUGCCACAGUUUGUAUGUUCUUGGCUGGGAAAGUUGAAGAAACACCUAGACCUUUGAAGGAUGUUAUCCUGGUAUCUUACGAGCUUAUUCAUAAGAAGGAUUCUACAGCUGGCCAGAGAAUCAAGCAGCAGAAGGAAAUAUAUGAUAAACAAAAAGAACUUAUUUUACUCGGGGAGCGAAUUGUACUUGUAACACUUGGGUUUGACCUGAAUAUUGACCAUGCUUACAAGCCCUUGGUUGAAGCAAUAAGGAGAUUCAAUGUUGGUAGUAAAAGUUCGCUUCCUCAGGUUGCCUGGAAUUUUGUAAAUGAUGGACUGCGUACUUCGCUUUGCCUGCAAUUCGAGCCUCAUCAUAUUGCAGCAGGUGCUAUCUUUUUGGCUGCUAAAUUUCUCAAAGUGAAGCUUCCAUCUGAUGGUGAUAAGGUUUGGUGGCAGGAUUUUGAUGUCACACCACGGCAGCUUGAAGAAGUUAGCAGUCAAAUGAUGGAGCUGUAUGUUCAGAACCGUACACCACAGGCACAACAAUCACAGGGAAGCGAAGCUGAGGGGAGCUCUGCUGGUGUGCGUAAUCAACAUUCAUCUGUAAAAUCUGAAGGAAACUCCAAGGAACCAUCUGCUCAUGGAUAUCAUCCGGCAUUCAAACCGUCGAAUUUGCAUCAUUCAUCCUUGGCAGGUGCUCCAGGUGACCAUGACAGUGGGCAUUCAAAUUCAGACAAGCAUGUUUCUGGCCACAAAAUGCUUCAAAAUGAUAAUGGUAACCAUGUCGGUAGCAAAGAAAAGAACAAGAGUGGAGGUAAAUCGGAUGCUGGUAUGGAUAGAUUUUGUCAUGAGAAAUCCCCACCUGGACAUCAUUAUUCCAAGGUCAGCCAUGAGUCUCAUAAUCCAGUGGAAGAACAAAAACCACAUCAAUCACAUGAUAACCCCAAUGAAAGAAUAGAUGGCAUUCUUGGUGGCAACGAAGUUCCUGGUGUGUCGACCUCCAGGAUCGAUGCAAUGAAUAAAAUUGACAAGGGUAAGGUAAAAGCAGCUUUGGAGAAGCGAAGAAAAACAAAAGGUGAUAUUACCACAAAGGUAGACGUGAUGGAUGAUGAUGAUCUACUUGAGAGAGAGCUUGAACAUGGUGUUGAAUUGGCUAUUGAGGAUGAGAAGAUUAAGCAGGAUAAGAUGCAGAACUUGUCCCAUAUUAAGGACAAGAAGAUUACGCAGGAUAAUAUGCAGAACUUGUCCCAUAUUAAGGACGAGCAGGAUAACAUGCAGAACUUGUCCGACAUUAAGGAUGAGAAGAUUAAGCAGGAUGAGAGGCAGAACAUGUCCCAUGCUCCAGUGGAUCUUCAAACCACUGACCAAGUAAUGGAGAAUGGUCACCAUGUCGAGCCUAGUGUACCAACAACUGUGGAAGACACGGGGUUUCCAUUGGACAACAAAGAACAUCCUCCAUUUGAUAAGCAAAAUGAUGUUCCUGAGCACGAGUCCCAGCAGCUUGAACACACAUUGAAGCACGACCUCCCUCAGCUGGUAGGGGGGCCUGAGCAGGAUGAUGGAACAGACUGUAAAAGGCCUAAGCUCGAAGAGUAGGUUCUGGAUGAUGCUCACUUUAUUUUGGACAGUUUUCCUGGAGACUGGUGAACUGCAUACAACUUGGCACGGAGUUGGUGAGCAUGGCUUUGCCGGUGCCUUGCUGUGCUGUGAAAUAUGCCCUACGGCUGAUUGCAGUUUACAAUUCGAGGGAGGUCGUGCUAGCAAAUAUUUUUACGUUCAAACGAACAUUGGAAUAUAUGGACCAAAACAUGCUCACGCUUCUGAUAACGGUUGCAUUCGUUCCUUAAAUAUGUGUUCCAUGAAAGUGAAGC